AUGAUUUAUUUAGCGAUAGUACUAAUAGUACUUGUGGCAUUAUAUCUAUAUAAUGUGCGAAACUUUGAUUACUGGGAAAAACGUGGCAUAAAAUAUGAAAAACCAAUUCUCUUUUUCGGGUCGGUCCUUAAGACGUAUUUGUUACAAGAAAGUAUGACGCUUACUGUAAAUAGAAUUUACAAAAAAUACCACAAAGAAAAACUUGUAGGGGCAUUUCGAUCAACAACUCCAGUGCUGUUACUUAAAGACCCUGCAAUGGUGAAGCAAGUAAUCAUCUCUGAUUUCGUUUACUUUCAUGAACGUGGAAUUGUACCAGGCAAAUCACUAGAACCCAUGUUCAAGAAUUUGUUUUUUGGAGAAGGUGAUUUAUGGCGGUUAUUGAGACAACGGCUAACACCAUCAUUUACUAGUGGUAAAUUAAGAGCAAUGUUUCCUUUAAUCAUUGAACGUGCUGAGCAUUUACGAGCACGAGCUCUAAAAGCUGCAGUCAAUGGCAGUACUAUGGAUGCACGUGAUCUAAUGGCCCGAUAUACUACUGACUUUAUCGGUGCUUGUGGUUUUGGUCUAGAAGCCGACUCACUCAAUGAUGACGACGCUGCAUUCCGACAGUUAGGUAUUAAAAUAUUUACAUUUGGUAUUCCAGAUGCUAUAAUUGUAUUAUUAAAAGACAUGUUUCCAGUUUUGUCACGAAAUUUAAAAAUAAUGGGAAAAGUAGAAAAAGAGUUGACGAUUUUGGUAAAGGAAAUAUUAAGAAAAAGAAAUAACAAACCUUCUGGAAGACAUGAUUUCAUUGAUUUGUUGUUAGAAUGCAAGAAAGAAGGCACUGUUAUUGGACAAUCAAUUGAAAAAUUUAAUUCUGAUGGAUCUCCAAAAGAGGCUAAAUUAGAGUUUGAUGAUAUAAUUAUAGCGGCCCAAGUGUUUGUAUUUUUCGCAGCGGGUUUUGAAACCUCUUCAUCUGCCUCAAGUUUCACAUUACAUCAACUUGCUUAUAAUCCAGAAGUACAAAAGAAAGUGCAUAAAGAAAUUGAUACUGUACUCGCUAAAUACGAUAAUAAGCUCAGUUAUGAUGCUAUUAAAGAAAUGACCUAUUUAGAGUGGACAUUUAAGGAAGCAAUGCGAAUUUUUCCUUCACUGGGAUUUUUGGCUAGAACGUGCAGAAAACAAUAUUCUUUUCCAAACAGUGAUUUAACAAUCGACGAAGGAGUAAAUGUCAUAAUUCCUGUUCAAGCUUUCCAUAAUGAUCCCAAGUAUUGGGAUGAACCUCAAGAAUUUCGACCUGAACGAUUCCAUCCUGAUGAAUUUAAAGAAACUCAGAAAAGCGUAUAUCUUCCAUUUGGUGAUGGGCCUCGUAAUUGUAUAGGUGCCCGUCUUGGUUUGAUGCAAUCUUUAGCUGGUUUGUCUGCAAUACUAUCUCGGUUCUCAGUAGCGCCUGCACCAGAGACUAAACGGUACCCUACAGUGGACCCAACCUCACAUGUUGUACAAAGUAUUACAGGAGGAAUACCUCUGUUAUUCAAUGUGAGAAAAGAUGUAGCAUGUUGA